AUCAAAUGGAGAACCAAAAUCCACAAUCAUUAUCAAGGGCUGAUCGUGCUGCAACUUGGAGACGACAAAGUUUGUUGUCUCGUCAAAAUAGCGGUUUACAACAAGCUACUGGUUAUAAACAACAAUCUAUCGACAGAUGGUUGUGUACUACAGAAAGGGACAUGCCUAUCAUUCAAGAACCCACUUUUAAUCCCUUUGCUGGUCCUAGCCAACCAUUCAGAAAUGAACAACCACAAAUACAGCAACAAGACAUGAGGCGCUACCAUCCUUAUGCAGGAUUUAACCUUCCUUCUCCAGGUCUACAUUCAUCUCAACUUGGUAUUCCUGGCUAUUGUAACAACUAUGGUGCUGAUUGGUCUGGCUUUGUACCAAUGACUUCUGAACAAGCUUCUUGGGGUCCUUUAAAGACAAGAGAUGCUAAUCUGCCCUUGUCGCCUAUGGACUCAAAAACCUCUUGGUCUAAAGUUGUCAAAGGAGAAACCUCAAGUGACUAUCAUCCUAUUCAAGCAAUACAAAGCCCUGAUCUGAGGCCUACCGUACCUAUGGAUACCUGUGCUAGUGUGAGUGAUAAUAGCAGCACAACUAGAUACAUUACAGACUCUAUUUCUUACAUGGCAAACAAUUUACAACUGGAUACUUCUGGCCCUACUCAAACAAACUAUACUGUGGUCAAAGUAACCAAUUUCCCUUGGGAUGUAAAUGCUGCUACGAUCAGACAGGCCUUUGAGAGAAGUGUUUACUUUGAUAUUCCCUCUGAAUUACCCCAAUGUGUUCAUAUCAUGAUGGAUACCAAGUCUGGUAAGACCCUCGGUACUGCCUUUGUCCAAAUCAUCUCCAAAUCCAAGGAUAACCUGAGAAAUGUGCUCAAGAGCUUGUCUUUGGGGCAUGCUCAGUGUCCUCGUCGGGCUCAGUUUUCACCCUCAAGUCAAGAUGAGCUUUGUCGUACACUGUUUCAAAACUGGAAAGGUGAUUUCCACCACGGUGUACCUGUUUUGCCUGUGUCGACUACAGUCCAUGAGAUGAUGACUCAAAAACCUGUUUUCUUUAUCAACCAAAAAGAACUUCAGGCCUUGUUGAAUGUCUGUCGUAACUUUAAGGUGAAUUAUAAUCGACGAUGUUCUGAAAGACCCUUUGAAUACCUGAUUUCUAUCAUUAUGCAUAUGCCAUGGAAUCAUCCUAAGACUGUGACAACAACUCAACGGGAUAUCAUUUAUGAAUGCUAUAAGCUUGCUACAGGUGCCUUGUUUGAACAUAUGUCUAAAGCAAUGCAUUCCUUUGAAGAUGAUAUCUUACUUCGCUUUGUUCGUGCUGGUAUCUUGUGUGAUGGAUUUACUUAUAAGCAAAAAAAUGAUAUUUUACACCAUGCUCAAAUGGAUUGUCCUAAAGACUUGGUAUCCUAUGUUCAAGUACCAGCCAUUUUAAACAACUCUGAAUUUACUACGCUUUUACGCAUGUAA